AUGGCGACAGAACCACCUCCCUCUGGGUCGGCGCCGACCCCAGCGGCUGCGCCAACUCCCGCCGCGACGCCAAAGCCCCCAGUCCCCGAAAAGCCGCUGAUCGGCCACGCCCCCCGGCCCCCCCCGCCACCUCUCGAGGGCUGGCGCGGCGUAUUGCAAUACACUGGUCUCCCUCGUUCGGUGCUCACGUGGAAGCCCAAGCUCCCCGGACCCAAGAUGAGCGUGUUCUUGACCGUCGCUGGCGGCAUCACCUACCUCUGGUACGAUGACAGGGCCAAGGCCAAGGCCAUCCGCGAAGAGUACAUUGCCAAGGUACAGCAUUUUGCCCAGGAGCCGACGGUUGGAAGCCUCGAUGAGCCCCGCAAAGUAAUCGUGUAUGCGGCGCGAUGGCCCGAGGACGACGAGGCAAACCGCGCCCAAGUCUACUUUAGAAAGUACGUCAAGCCGUACCUCGUGGCGGCUGCGAUCGACUACCAAAUCGUCGAGGCGCCGCUGUACGGCUCGAUUGCGCGUAUCGUGCGUGGAGAUGUGCUGCGUAAGCGCCGCGAGGACCUUGGAUUGCAGGCCCGUCCCGCCGAGAUUAACAACGGGGUACCGCCCCAUGUGGCGGCUAUUAGCGCCAAGACCGAGACCCAGCGGUGGCUUGAGGGCGGUGUGGUACUUAUCGGCCGCCCGACACUUAAGGAGUAUCUCGCUGGUCUGCGGGCAGGUUGGCGUAAUGGUGUCGACGCGUGGACUUGGGAGAAGGAUAUCGAGGACCAGAUCGAGUGGGACACGGUCUUCCAGACCUACGUCCCGCCGUCCAAGGAUGUCGAGGUGGAAGCGCCUGCCACGGCCGCGGCCCCGGCUGCGCGCCCCAGUAUCUUCAGCCGCGGUGUCCCCCCACCCUCCUCCUCCGCCCCGGUCGCCACUCCCACAGAGGUGCCGGCGCACCUGCACACCCCGCCCUCUCCACUCCCGCCGCACCCGCCCAUCCUAAUGGUCCCGUGGACAAACUACCUGGGCUUCAAGCAGAUCCCGUACAUGCUCUACAACUUCUUCACUGAGCGCCACCGCGUCAAGGAGGGUGCUGAGUCCGCAUACGCCCUGAUUACGAACCAGACGCGCUCGUUCGAGGGUCCUUCCAAGGCGGGUGAGGAUCCGCACUUGGCGGCCGAGUUGCCGGCCGACACCGACUUUGGAGUGGACACGGAGAGCUUCUACAAGAAGGACUACAAUGACGUGCCGGAGCGUCAGGCCAGGCAGCGCCUCGAGUACUACCGUAGUCUCCAGGAGCGGUUGGAGAGCGCGCGCCAGUUUGCGCGCGGAGAGCGCGAGCUCACUUACGAGGAGAAGGCUAGCGAUAAGCCUGUUGUGACGGAGGACGACCUGCGCGCUGAGCGCAGGAAGCGCGAGCUGCGGUGGCGUGGAGGACGGGAGGGAUGGGUGAUUGUGCGUCCGUCGACUCCCGUUGCUUGGGAGGACGCUUGGGAAGGAUGGCUGCGUGUCUUUGAUGCCAAGACCGUGGACGAGAUUGCUGAGGCGGAGCGCAAGCGCAUUGCCGCGUUCGAGAAGUAG